AUGUCGAACCACUGUGUUGUUAUUGAACCAGCUGCUUUAUCGGAAUUUCGUACCAAACGUGUUCGACGCGAUAGUUAUCAGCGAAUCAACUCGGAAGAAGUUUAUCAGUCAUUUUUUCUAACACAUACAUGUUAUGAUUGCAUGCCGAAAAGUGGCAAAGUUCUUCUACUUGAUGCUCGUCUAUCGAUACGUAAAGCAUUUUUUGCACUCGUAUAUAAUAGCGUUCGAGCUGCAUUGAUUUGGCAUGCAUCAACAUCGUCGAACAUUGGUUUAAUUACUAUAAGUGAUUUUAUUAAUAUGCUUAUUGCUGCCUACGAUGCUAAAUGGAGUAGUGUUGCUACUCUGGAACGUGCAUCAAUCCUUGAAUGGAAACAAAAUUUAUACAAAAAAAAUGCAGUUACAGAUCCAACGCUAGGCUCAACUAUAUUUUAUUUGAAUCCCGAGGAUAGUUUAUAUAAAGCUAUAUUAACACUGAUUGAACGUAAAGUUCAUCGUAUACCAGUCAUUCAUCCUGAUACUCAUGAUUUUCUAUAUUUAAUUACUCAUAAACGCAUAUUGAAAUUUUUAUACUUAUACAUUUAUGAUCUACCGCAACCGCAUUAUAUUCACCAAAGUUUAUCAGAACUGAAAAUUGGUACUUUUAAUAAGCUAGUAAUGAUUGAUCUACAAACAAAAUUAAUUGAAGUUCUUCGCAUAUUUCAAGCAAUCCGCAUUUCAGCAUUACCAGUUGUGGAUGGAGAAAAACGAUUAUGUGGUGUCUAUUCUAAAUUUGAUAUCAUGCAUUUAGCCGCCACACGUACUUAUGCGAAUCUUGAUGUUCCAUUGUGUGAUAUACUUGAUUCGAUUCAUGAUCAUACCACAUACCAACUAGCCACUUGUAAAAUGACAGAUCAGCUGUUUGAACUUAUGGAUAAAUUUGUCUCUCGGGAGGUUCAUCGUCUGAUUAUAGUGGACAAUAGUCAACAUAUUAUUGGUAUUGUUUCCAUGUCUGAUUUGAUGAAAUUUUUUGUAGCAUCAUUCGAAAAACUGAGCCGUAUUAAUUCAAAUCCAUUGAAUGGUAAUAAUAAUAAUAAUGAUGGGCCUAUCUUCAAAAGUGUACCAAUGGAUAUUUAA